ACAUAAACUAAAAUAAUUUAAAAUAAUAAACUAAAGUUAAUUUAAAAUAAUAAACUAAAAUGAAUUUGAAACAAUCAACUUAAAUGUAUGAGAACAAAUUUAUAAAAGAGAAAAACAUCAACACCAUUCGCCCUAACAAGUUGCAAUUGCCCACAUUCCACGCUGCGGCAGUGGGCCGCUUGUACUUUGCUGCCUGCGCGCCAGAAAUGUUGCUCCAACCACUACAAGCCCAACACCCAACGCCAACCAUCCACAAAACGUUGGCGUUAACAGCAACAAUUUGCUUGCCUUGCUGCAACUUCAGGCUGUGGCUGACCAGCAGACACUCGUCCGUCCGCCGCACAGGCUGUCUGCAUUCCCCUUUUUUGCUUGGGGGCUUUUCUGUAUCGCGCAAUGCCAACCAAAGCUGAACGCCAACCAUUCAACGUCAUGGUCUCUUUUUCUGGCGUGACGUUGGCGUCGUCAUGCAGCGCUUGCAUGCCGCUUGUCCAUUGUUGCAUGCUGCUUGCUGCCUGCAAUUUUUAUGCCUCAUUUCCACAAAAGAGGAGCACCACUCAAUAUGCAGUGGCAUGGCAAAGGAAAUAACAACAAUAACAAUUUAAAGCGAAACUAAAAGUUGCAUUGGCAAACACAUUUUCAAGCAACCAGCAACACCAACUAACCAAGCAAUGCAACAUGAUCAAUAUUGACAACAAUAUAUACUUACAUAUAUUUACAACAACAAAACAAAAUCAAUUUAUACCCAACACACAAUCCAGUGCAAGGGGCAUAACGCAUAAGCAUUACGACAGCUCAGCUUGAAUCAGUUUUCUUCCACACAGCAACGCUUUGCCAGCUUGCCAGCUUCAGGUUGUUGCUUGUUGUGUGCUUGUUGAUCGUAUUCACUACCUUCUUUGUUGGUAUGGUUGUUUGUGUUAUUACUGAAGCGUCACAACGUCAUUUCCCCAGUUGUGGUGGCGACCAGCAACGCCGCUUGGACGCUGCGCUCCACGAACGACUCGGCUCAUUGCGCGUCCAAACAUCACGGCGUGCAGUUCGCCACUUCGGUUCAACUGCCUUUUCCAACUUCUUUAUUUCACUCCGCUUCAUUUCGUACAGUUCAGCUCGUUUAUUUGGCAACUAACGAUGUUUGUCGGCUGUGCGCGUAAGACCGCGUAAUUCAAGUGUCAACGUCGCUUCAAAAAUUUGUAUUACUACUACGUUGCGGUGCUGUUUAAAGACGCUUUAAUGCGCGAAAUUGUUUCAUUUUAGAUUACUUAACGGUGUAUUUAUUGUUUUGUUAUUUUUUUAUUGUGAAAAACAAAAAGCAAUUAACAAAGAUUGUGCAUACCGAUAAAGGCAGUGAAUGGCAAUACGAGUGACUUCAUUAAGUGAUCAUUACAAAGUAAUAAAAUUAAUUGAACUGGAAUAAUAAUUUCAACACGAAAUUAAAUCAGCAACGGGUUACAGUUUUUAUAAGAAAACCCACUACAAAUAGUGACUUAUUGUUAAGCAAAAACAAAAAAAACAAAAAAAACAAAAAAGUGAUCUACAGUGAUCUGAAAAGUACGCAUUGACAAGCAGAAAAUUACAACAAAUCAAAUUGAGGUGAUCACUUUUUUCUGCUUGAAGUGAAAUUGUGUGAAACAACGCGUGAUUAAAUUCUUCAGCGGCGUACUCGUACAUUAAUUGCAUUACUUUGAAAAAGUUUGCAUUUGCAUUUGCAUUUUUAAUUCAAAGCAAAAGUGCCCAUCACGUGAAAAUGGCUGCCACAAUGCAACAUGCUGCACCACCACCGCCACCAGCGUCCACGCCUGCCUCGUCUGCUGCAACGGCGAAUGGCGCAACAAAUCCCCAACUGAAACGCAUUGUCUACUCGAAAUAUCGCGAACUCUUGGGCUCAUACAAUGGCAAGGCGAAUGCAAUUAUCGAAACGCUGCCUGCGUAUAUGGUGCGGGAGGAUCGCGGUUUUCAUUGUGAGCCCAACAGCACAGCAACCGCAGCAGCAGCAGCAGCAAAAACCAUUAUAUCGCUACCAGCAACUGCUCAGCCAACACGCCAACUAGCAACAGAAACAGCAAGAACAACAACAUUGAUUACACCGGCAGCAGGAGCAGCACCUACGAAUGGAGACUGCACAGCGGCUGCGCUGUUGCGCCAAGUUGCUGCUGCGGCGGCGGCAGCCGCAGCGGCACAGGGUGAACGUGUGAGCGAAUUGUAUGGCGGCUCCGCAGCUCAAGGGGGCUACGAGGCGCCCGCUUGCGUCCAGAAUGCUAUGGUGACAAAAGACAAGAAACCCUUUACAUACACACCGGGCGGCAUUGAUCUCUCACAAAUCAAGUCGGAACGCAUGGCCAAGCGUUUAGCGCGCAACGCCCAAGCCGAGGGCGCAACUGGUGCUUCACAGCUCAACAGGCCGGUACAGCCACAGUCGCCGGGUAGUGGCAAUGCUGCCUCUCAAAUUGGUGCUGCCGGCAUGGGUAUGCCCUUCCAGGUGCUGCCACCGCCACCACCACCAGCGCCAGCUACAGCAGCGGGUAAGAAAUUGAAUGGCACAUCGGCACCGCCACCACCACCACCACCCAGCUCCUUCUCCACAUUAGCACCACCACAGAAUGGCGCUGGGCCGGGUAGUGCGCCCGGUUCGCCGAACGCGCAACGCAAGUCGCCCACACCGCAACGUUUCGAACCGCCACCAAUGGGAUUCCGACCGGAAAUCAAGAUUCCGCCAAAUCCAAUGGCGGCUUUGCGCAAAGUACCACCACCGGUGGAGAAGAAUUUCUUCUGGAAGGAUGAGUAUGUGCGCGAUCGUUCUAAGAGUCCUAUGGUGGGUGAGAAUGACAGAGCUACCUCACCGAAUAACGGCAAUGGCGCGGCUGCCAAUGUUGGCUCCGCUGCCAACGACGGUUAUGGUGAGCGUGCACACGUCAGUCUGAACAGCAACAACAACAAUGUGAAUAACAACGAUGUCAACGAAAAUGUCGAUGGUUACAAAAAGCCUGCAACGACUAACCAAAAACCUGAACUGAACUAUAGCAGCAACAACUCCACUCAAUCUCCGCAACAACAGCAACCCACUCCAACUCAGUCCACGUACUCACCAACCUAUCAAUCGCUGCAGCAACAACAGCAGCCGCAAUAUAACAGCAAUGCUACGCCCCCAUUGUCGGCUUCGACUCCACCGCAACCACAGCAGCAGCAGCAAUCGCCACGGCCUGAGUUCCGUAGCGUCGCCCCACCGCAAUCGCCGGCUGUAAACGUCUAUACACGGCAAACGGAUAGUCCACGCGCUGAUGCUGGCACUCAGCCGCAACGCGCCACGGAAAGUCCCUUCAGAUAUGGCGGACAACAGCAACAGCCACAACAGCGUGCUGCGCCAGCUAUAUCACCGCUGGUACAACAGCCACAGCAACAAUCGCCGAAGUCCUUCACGUCGUCACCAACAGCAGCAGCAGUAACAGGAGCACAAUCAGCAGCAACCAACAACUCUCCCAACUCACAGCCAUCGGCACAAACUGUGCCGUGGCGCACUCAACGUACUCCAACGCAACAACAACAACAGCCACAAUCAUCAGUGAUAUACAACAAUGUUUCGCCACAGCAACAGCAACCACUCACUCAACAAGCUCCAGCAUAUCAGGGUCCAAAGCCGACCAAUGUCGGCUCCCUGUACAUUGCACCAUUGGCGGCCCCCGCUGAACCGCAAGCACCCGGUGUUGUGCGCCAAUUUCAGCAACAACAACAGCAGCAACAACAGCGCGAAUCACCAGUACGUCAAAUACCGCAACAACAGGCACCACCGCAACAACAACAAUCGCAGCCAAUGCGCUCAACCGUACCCUGGAUGAGCAGCAAACCAAAGAUGAGUGAGCAACCGGAAUGGGUGCGUCCAGAAGAGAAUGGCAAUGUGGUGCCCUCAUCAUUGCAUCGCAUCAAAUCGCCACCACCACCAGCCGCAAUGGCAGCACAGCAGUCACAACAGCACCCAACACAUCAUCAACAACAACAGCAACCAACAUAUCAACAACAGCAACCACAAUCACAACUAUAUGGCUACCCAACCGAGCAGGCUAAUAGUGGCUUUGCUACAGCAACGCCCACAAAUUAUGGUAGUCACGGCGUCGGCAACACUGGACUGCGUUUGCAAAUCAACGAAAAUCCCAUUAGUGCGCCUACUCAACAAACUGGUCCAAGGGAACGCAUUAUACCCAUACAACUGGAGCAAACACCAACCAAUGCAUCACAACAGCCGAACUUCAAUGUUAGCUAUGGUGGCGUUGUAACGGCACCGGGUAGCUAUGUGGUGCGUUCGCCAAAUCAAUUUGUUGAUCAAGGAUACAACAACUAUCCACCCUCGGCUGGCGCACAGCAACGUGGCGUGUCGCCCACCCAACAACUGAAUGCACCACGCAUUGUACAACAACAACAGCAAUAUGCAAACAACAAUGCUGGUGCAGGCGCUAACCGUUCACGCAUUAUACCCAUCGCUAUGGAGAGUGGCGGUGAGGGCACACGUGGGCCGAUUUCGCCAUCGCCAAUCGUUUUGCAAAAUGAACACUACAAUCUGGUAGUUUACGAUUGCCCACUCGAGGCGGAAAUACGGUACAGAAUGAAUCGUCUCAGCGAUCCACGCUCGUCACCCAUACAAUCGAAAUCCUUUAGAAUUUUGCAAAAAAUUACUGACACCAUUGACGACGGUAAUGGCGAUGAUAAGAGAGCGGAAAGCACUUUGGAUGCGGAGCCACAAUUACAACGACCCCAAUAUGCGAGACAAAUGAGCGCCCAACAGGCGCGCCAACAACCGAAUGUGGAACAAAUGCGGCGCAUGCAUAUCACACCCGACCCACAGCAACAGCAGCAGUCACAAUCGCCACAGGCAUGGAAUCAAGGUAAAGCUUUAAAAAGCACUCAACCACACACCAUUUACAACAAUUUCAAUGACAUGCCACAACCAUACGUUCAUCCCAGUGAGCAACAAGUACCCGAACCGAAAAAAUAUACCGGCAGCGCAAUACCAAGUCGAUCAUUUAAGAUAUUGCAAGCGAUGACAACACCGGAAAAUGCUGCCGAGUUGGCAGCCUCCGAUUGUGUUGAAUUGAACGAAAAUCCUUUGCAAGCUAAUGAGAACCAUAGCAAAAUAACUGACACUAAAAAAUCUAUAGAAAAUAAUGUUAAUAAAUAUGAUGAAGACACAUCCGAAAUUACCAACACUUCUACACCAUAUAUGCCUUGCACCACCUCAUCCUCAUCCUCCAUUUCAUCGUUAAGUUCCGACUCUUGUUCUCAUUACAUACCCAAACAUCCCUAUCCCGCAUACGGUUAUCCAUAUCCUUAUCCCUGGUAUCCACCACCCCCCAUGCCCUCCGCCAGCGGUGAGGCAUUCCCACCUUGGCCCUACGCCUAUCAUAUGCCACCACCGCCUACUAACAAUGAUCUUACCGGCAAUGCCGCUUAUCCAACUCAUCCACCGCCGCCAUAUCCAUAUUACUAUCCCUUUUAUCCUCCAAACCCGUCAGCAACUCAAACCACAUCACACGCAUAUCCAUACAUGCAUCCUCCGCCGCCACAAAACAUAAAUGAAUUUGAUUCGCAAAAUGUCAAAUACGACUCAAAUGCGUCCACGUACCCUGCUUAUAUGCCGCCAUAUCCAUAUCCCUACCCGGUAGCGCCUAGCUAUAGUCAGAGUACGUCAUCGAGUCGCGCCAGCAGCAUACUGCCCGACAUCAUCGUUACGCCCAGCACGGAUGAUAUGCCGUCGCAAGUAAUACUACAGCACCAUAUUAAAGUGGAGAAAAGUAAGCCGCCGGAACGCCACGAUGCCGUGGAAAUUAAGGAGAUCACAACUAGCGGCCAUGCAUUAAAAGCGGAUGCCAUUCGACGCGCACAACGUGAGGGUUCCGUAAUCGACAUUUUGACACAACGUUUAGAAGAUAUGUCCAAAGUCGUCGAACAUAAUCUAAAUAUGAGCAACGAUGUGGAAAAGAACUAUGCAGGCGAGCGUGAUAAGGAGUUCGGCGAAAAGUCACCAACGGACAAUGCGUCGCCUGUGCCUGCGCAAAUCGUCACCUUAGCUUCGGAAACAGAAGUAAGUUCUGAUGGCGCAAGCAGCAGCGACGAAGAAGAAGAUUCCGAUGAGACACCCAAAUGUGUUGAGACAACCGGUUUGCAGGCUAUAAAAUCUGUGACCAAUAUACAGGUCUAUAAGCAUCGUCAGUCGCACAUAAUUGAGACAGAUGAUGAAGAUGACGUAACCACAGCGGAUGGUGAAAGCGACAUAUUCGAUGAAGAGGACAAUGAAGAGGUUGUCGAGGAACUUGAGCUGGAUGAGUGUAUUGAAGAAAAUGACGAUAUGGACUAUGAUAAUUUGAGUGUUAUCUAUGAAGAGGACAGCGAUUUGGAACGUAGUAGUGAGAAACCGAAUACGAUCAUUUGUCGUGAAGGUUCUAGUGUCAGCGAUGCAACAACUGUCGAGAAAGAAGCCCACGUUGAGCAGCAGAUCGAAGAGAAUGACAACAAUGACGAUGAAGAAGAAGACUCGACGUCGGUUACGGUACGAUUGCCGCUUAAGUUCUCGUUCAACGAUGAGAAUGUAGCCACUGUAGAGGUGGGAAAAUCGCAAAUUGAGGAGAAACGUCACAGCUUUUCAUCGGAAGGAAGACGCAAUUCUUUCGUUGUGGCGGACCUCAAACACGACUCCGACGAUGAAACAGUAGAGGCACAAGAGUACGAUGAUGAUUGUGAAGUUAGUGUUACCAUCAGUUUAAGUGGUUCUUCACGUUCCGGUUCAAUGGAACGCAAGCCGGAUAAACGUCGCGUAUCAGCGGCAUAUCCCAUUGAAGAAAUACCUACACCGGAACCGGUAUGUGAUAUUGUGGGAUCGAGCAGCGAAGACGUAUCGGUGUCAUUUUCAUUGAAUAUGCGUAAUAAAUUUAUGGACCAGACGGUUAAGAACGAUGUGACUAAUAAUAUAGCGGAAGUCAAAAAAGAGCUGGAAAAUAAUAGCAAAAUGGCAGUGGUAAAAGAACCAGCUAAGAGCAAAAAGGACAUAUGUGAGGUUAAGGAAACAGUAACACAAGUGGUGCCCUCGGACGACUUGGACUUCUUUGCCACCCUACGCGCAACCAAGCUGCAAGCACAGAAAAUGUUGGAGCAAUCGGCAAACUAUUGGGGCAAAUCAGUGGAAAAACAACAACCAACAACGGAAAGCGUAAAAAAAGAAACUCCCAUAGCCGCCAAAGUUCAAGAAGAAGAAACAGAAGUUGAAGAUAUUUGGGCUGGUAGAGAUGAGGGGGACUUACCGCUGCCGGUGCCUAAAUUAAAACUACCAGGCGCGCUAGCUGAUGCCAAGGACGACUUUUGGUCGACGUUUACGGCAGCAACCAAGAAAACACAUGAACAAGUCGACGAAGAUGUUAUUGUUGUAGAAAAAGCAGAAAAAUCACCCAGAGCUAGGUCAGAGACCGUAGCCACAGUUGUGGCAGAAGUGGAAGAUGCAGAGGAGGAAGUCGACUUCUGGGCUGAAAUAGAAAAGUCUAAACAGAAUUCCAAACCUACUGCGGAAACAAAGACCAAAUCCAGCGAAAUGCUGCGCGAAGUUAUAAAUGAGGUUACCUAUGGACCAAAAGCAAUGAAAUCAGCAACAGAAGUAAUGUCAACGGUAUUACGAGCCGAGGUUUCUACAGCAGUUGACGAAAAGUUGGAGGUAGAGACCAGUGAGAGCGAGGAGGACGAUUCUGAGGAAGACGAAGAAGUAGUGCGGGAAGAAGCGAAUAUUGUAGAAACAACAGACCAAAAAGUUGAAGAAAAGGAGCAGGAGGAAGAAGAAGAAGACUUCUGGGCAUCUGUUGAAAAGGUUAAAGCUUCAAUGGCUACAGCCAAGCAAACCACACCAAGCACCAAAGAAAAUGUGCACGUUGAGGAGGAAAUCGACUACUGGGCUAACAUCGACAGGAGCAAGCAAACUGCAGAGAAAACUCCAACUACUUAUGACCCUACACUCUACCCGGAAGAGCCACGCGAAGUUGAUACCGAUGAAGAAAUAGAUUUCUGGGCAGAAAUCGAGGCCAAAAAGAAUCAUACAGAUGAUGUAAACUUCUAUAACGCUGCAUCAUUCUGGGCCAAACAGGAACGCCAUAAUUCCAUCGAUGAGACACCUUACACAAAGGUUGUGCCCAAAUCCUUCGCAGCCACUUUGCCCGAUGAGCCAACUGUUGACUUAGGACUUUGGGCAUCAUUAGAAGCUGCGAAAGGAGCUGAGCCCGAAUACAUUGACUCAGUCGUGGAGGAAGAGAAGAGACUGGCUGCACAGUUCAAUGAAAUACCAGUCGAGGAAGUGGAAACGGAAACUUGGGAGGUGGCCUCUUUGCAUGAACCGGUUGUGGCAAAUGUGUGGGAGCCGCCUAUGGAGAUGAAUGAGUUUAGUAAACCCUACCAAGACUUGGAGCAGUGGAUACACAACGACGAUAAUGAAGAAACCAUAGCCACUGUGGUGGCAGACAAUACAAAAAUCAAGACCACAGACGAUACAGAAGAGGCAAACGUAAAACGUAAUAAUUACCGCAAAGCAAUGGCUUUUUUCACUACCUCCAUUGAUGAGCAGAAGGAAGCAAGCGCUGAGCGACAAGUGAGAAGAGGACGUUCCUCCAACAGGAACUCGCUCAUUGAGAGCGAAAACACGAAAGCAAAUGAACAAGAAAACAUAGAAAAUGCAGUUAAUAAUUACUACACAACAACCGUUACACAAAGUGCGACCACAGGUAAAAGUCGUGGCGUUGGCAACGUUUCUAAAAAAUCAAGCUUUGAAAAAGUUACACCCAGCACAGCCAGAGGAAAAAGCGUUGACGUCGAUAUGGCGCAUAACAAAGCAAGCACUGAAAUCCCGGUCUUGCACACAGAACCCAAUGAGGUCAACGCAGAACGCAGCGUCACACCCACAAAUUUCGAGCAGAAUUUAACUGAGGUGUAUGUUGAACCCAUUGUGGAAAAGAAGCUAUCACCCAACGGCUUACCCGACUUAGGACUUAAGAAAGAAGAAAAUAAAAUCUCAGUGCGUGAUAGAAUUUCCGCCUUCGAAACUGGUGCUGUGGAAACAACUGUAUCGAAAAAAUCCGAUAUAAACACACACUCACUCUCGGUCGAGAGGUGCACACCAAGAGGCACGCUUUCACGCAACAGUUCCCAACGUUCCGAAUCCGAAAUGGAGGAAGAUGAUUCUGGCGUUACUGAUAUGAACAAACCACUCUCAGAAACCGACACCGAGUCGGAAAGCUUCCCCGAGCUACGUAAAAUGAGUAGCUACCAACGUGCCGCCACACAUUCCAGACUCUUCAAAUUGCUGCAGGACGACAACGACCCGCUCGACGAUGAUAAGUUAAGUAGAGAGCUCGCCGAUGAGCUACAAUUCAAGCCCAGUCGACGCAAGAUCGUGCACAACGUAUCGAUUACACGUCGCCAAAACCCGAAUGCACUCGUCGAGGCCGAGACUUUGUCACAAAGACGCGAACGGCUCUCGCUGCCAUUGCGUAAAAACACAAGCAUAGACGCCGACAAUCCCUCGACGCCCAAUAGUCCGGCCUCGCCCAUCAUGGGACAGCCAGCAAAUAGUCGUAGCGUAAGUGAUAAGCUAGUCAACGAGCUGGUGCAAAGUUUGCUGCUAAAGCGCGACAGCAGUCAUUUGCGUCAAAUGCCCAUGGAAAAGCUGCAGGCAGCUGCCAAACGCGUGCUCGAAGAAGAGUUGGACUCACUGGAAAACACAUCCGUGGAGACCACCCCAGCGCCCACACCAAGCGACAUGAAAGCGGACAAAAGCUAUGCCGACUAUUAUGACACGUGGUCGAAGGCGAAUGGUAGAACUGAUACCUUACCACCGCCGAAAGCGUAUCGCGCAGCGACAGAUGCAACGCGACGCAGCCCCUGGUCGGUGCGGUGUCCACGCGUGCUCAGCUCGAAGACGAUAAACAGCGAUUUGGCGCGCGUAACAGAGUCGCCCGAGAUCUUCACACGAAAUAGCAAAAGUCCGGACUAUUUGUCGCAAUCGCGCGAGGGAUCGGUGAGUCGUUGGCGCAAAGUCUAGCACGGGCAAGGGUCAAGGGUAGGCGGCACAUAAGAAUGAGCGACGCCAAAAAGGGGAGGGGGCAAAUAAAUACUUAAGAACAUUAGGAGUUUAGGUUUUAAUUUUAGGAACAGAAAAUGGUGAUGCAAAUUAAAAACUUGAAAUACUUGUAAAUUAUGAAACACUAAUGAAGAAGAUUGCGAAGUGCAUAGGACCAUGAAAAAGCAAAAACAAAAAAAUUUGGUCUGACGCAACAGCUGAGCUGUAGGCGACACACGCAAAUAAACGGAAGAGAUUCAUAGAACAACAACACUGCCUUUUUCUACUCAAUUAAUAAAAAUACGCAAAAAAACAAAAAUAUGAAAAAUACAUAGAGAAGAAGGCGUAUAAAAUGCGUUCAUCUUUUCGUAUGCUGUAAAUAAAAUUAAUUUAAAAUAUAAAGCAUAAAAUUAAUGAGAAAGUUGAAGUUCAUCUAAUUCUUAUUUAAACACAAAUUUCUUUUGUAAAACAAACGCACACUUCGCCAGCCAGAUUUUGCAUUUUGACGAAUCAUUCAUUUUUGUAAAGUAACGCAAUUUUAACAAUAAACACCACCACAUAAAUCAUGCACACAAAAGAUACCAAAAAAAAAUAAUUCUGCUAAAUAACCGUGUAAGAAUAGAUAACCGAAAACAAACAUAAAAAAAUUGUAAAAUAUGCAAAAUUUCGAAAAAAGAGAAAAACUGAACAAAAAACGCACCAUCACUCGUCGAAAAUAAUAUCUACAAAGAAAAAUCGUUCAUUCGUUCGUUCGAUCGUUCGUUACCUCAGUGCAUACAUACAUACAAACAUGCAUAUAAAGUCAUUAACUAUUUGUAUGUAAAUAUGUAAAAAAAAAAAAACAAAAAAAGCAAAAUCGUUGAAUCGACCAACCCAUCAGCCAAGCGUAAUUAUAGGCCAAUCGAAAUUAGACACACACAAAAAAGCGUAAAACUAAAGAUUGUAAAUUGCGAAAUUUAUCACAAAACGUUAAUCCAAUAAUUUACUUCAUCAACGAACAAAGUAUUUGUCAAGCUCAUUCAAAAUCCUAAGGGCCUGGACAAUCAGAUCUAUAAUUAUUUCUCAUUUCUAUAGAAAUUGGUUAUAGAUUUUUUUUUUAAUAAAUAUAAAACAAAUUUAUUUUUGUCCAACAUUAGUGCAAAUGCAUACUAAACAACAAUAACACUUUGGACUUGGAGUAAAAUUAGACCACAGACUUGGGGGACUAACGGCAAUUUUAGCAUAAAUAACGAAAAUUAUAACAACUUUAAAGUCUAAGCAAAACACGCGAAAACGCUUGAAUUUGUACGCAACUGAAGGGAAUGUUUUACUGCAAAUAGGUUUGAUUGCAACAACAACGAAAAUUAAUAUACCAUUUAUAUUAAAUAAAAACAAAUACAACAAAUGGCAGGUUCAAGCAGGUAACGAAAAAUAUCGAAUGCCGAAUUUAAGAGUUAAAAAAAUGUAGAUGACUUGAAAACGAAAUAUAAAAUUUACAAAAAAAAAAAAAACAAAAAACAAA